GUGCAGUCUGUACGGUCUUAAACUUUUAUCAUAAUCUACGUGUAGUUUUUUUUUACUAGUUUGACAUCUUAAAUAGGCGCAGAGCUUGUGAAAUAGACGUAAUUACAAAUAAAGAAGCUUACGUAUAAUUUUCGACGUAAAUAUGGAUCUAAUAAAAGGCUAAGUUUACUUGUUCCGAGUUCGGAUUUAACAAAAUAUAAAUUUAUUUAUUUACUGUGUGGUUUUGUGUAAACUGUAAAAUUCAACUUUCUUUAGCAUAAUUAUUUCUCUCUGUGAAUACGCUGUGAUGAACGGUUGCAAUAAAAAAAAAGAAAAUUUGUAUCAAUAUUUUUUAUCACCUGACAAGUAGAUACAUUGGAAAGAUAAGUUAAUUGCAAAAAUCGAGACUGAAUGUGACCAUCAAGUUCCUAAAUAAGCACAGUAGCUCAGACAUUUUAUAAUGAGUUGGUUAAGAAGUAGUCCACUCAGAAGUAGUUUUACAAAGCAACGCUCCAGAGAUUCGCCUCCCAAGGAUGCAGAUCCAGUUGCUUGUUAUGACAGCUUUCGUAAACAUUGGCAGCAGAGUCAUGAUAUUAUUCUUAAUUCACUUCCACCUAAAAGUAUUCCCUGUCAAGAUGAUGUUUUGGGUAUAGUAAAUCAUGUUGAUCAAAUGAUAACACUACUUCUUUUGGAGCUACGUGAUUAUUCUUUAAGACAACGACAUCAAAUUCAACGUUUGCAACAAAAAAAUAUUGUUGUUGCUGCACAGCUGAAUUCCCAAUGUUUUCCUUGCCUUGAAUUUCUAUUGAGUGAAAAUCUGCUUGAUACUCUUUAUAGAUGGAGCAUACACACUGGCAGGUUUCAAGAUGCUGUAAGAUUAGAGCAAUUGAAGUUGUAUGAGUUGUUAGUAUCACAUGAUAGUUCUUUAUUAGCACAUGAACCUGUCACCCGCCCAUUAUUAAAUUUGCUAGAUGCAUGUGUUGAUGAUAUUAUGCCUUUGGAAGUACAACGAAAAUUGGUUACACUAUUAAAUCAUGUAUGUGUUGCUCUUGUACAAAAUACAGAACUUCUAGGUUUAUUUUUCAGACCUGCAUCAGGAAAAAAUCGAUUUAUUCCUUUUUCCCUCUUGAUACCUUACAUUCACCGUGAAGGUGGUGUUGGUCAACAAGCAAGAGAUGCAAUGUUGUUAUGCAUGUCACUCUCUAAAAAUAAUGAUGAAAUUGGUAAUUAUAUCGCUAAGGAGUCACAUAUAUGUUCACUUCUGGCGACAGGACUAAGUGGUCUUUAUUCUGUACUUCCAAGAACUUUAGAUAUCGAAACUCCUGAUUGGCAUAGACUAAUAGUCGAUGAUAUCAAUGAUUUACCGUCCUUAACUCAGCUUAUGAAUUCACUAGAAUUUUGUAAUGCAGUGGCUCAAGUUGUUCAUCCGCUAGUGCAAGAACAGUUGUUGGAAUUUAUUUAUCGCGGAUUUUUAGUGCCAGUGAUAGGUCCAGCACUUUUGCAGACGACAGUGGAAGAGUUGGUAGCUGCAACGGCUUACUUUGACUUGUUUCUACGUUCGGUCACCGAGCCCGGUUUGCUGCGACCAUUGAUCAAGUUUUUAUUGGAAGAAAAUUACGACGACAAUCGCAUACUCGAUCAUUUAAUUCGACGAAUAUCUUCUCAGAUUCCCAGGUUGAGCAUGGUAACCCUAGCGUUGUUCGAAACAUUGGUGGACUUGAAUUGCGAGGACGUGAUGUUGGAAUUGUGUCUUGGUGCGCUCGCACCCUGUUCCCAUGUGAUGCUCAGCCAAAGGCGUAAUCUACUCCACGAGUUAGAUCCUUUUGGUCGCUGUGCUGAAAAAUUCCUCUCGCUCACGCCCAACUGCUGUUCCGUCUGCGGUAUUUACGGUGGCAAAUCUGCCACUGACGUUCCUACACCAGCCGCUGUUCCUCCAUCUCCAAAUACCAUUCACAAUUCUAACUUUGCUGUCUAUCAGUCGCUUGGUAACAAUAACACGAAAGCCCCACCGAUAGGAGAAAGUUUAUACAACAAUUAUUACGCUUAUUUACGGGAUGCUAGGCAAAAAAUUGCCUCAUGCCAGCAGGCGUGUGAAAAAUGGUCGAGAAAAUACCAGAACACAGAAUAUCAGGAAGCUAAUGAUUACGACAUUUGGGACGAAGAUGCUGCUGAAGACACCGAUGACGACGUCAAAGCUAAAUACAACGAUGAUGAUUAUGAUGAGAAUGAAAAUUGCAAUGAAACUAAUGGUUCAACUAGUCCGAACUCGCAGUUGUUUGGUCGAUUGGACCAGCGACAAAAUAAUGAUGCCACAAAAAGCCAAAAACUUGAACGAGUCAUAAGGAGAAGCAGCACCGAUGAAAAAGUCGACAAAAUUUUGGCCAGUUUUACCGGUAAAAUCAAGUUGUCAGGGCAAGAUCAUAAGCAACAGCGUCAAGAAAAGAGGCAGGAACAAGGCCAAGAAUCAAGUGAAUUCGAGAAUGUAACAAACAAGCUUGGACCUGCUGAAAGAGAAAGAUUAGAAGCUGAUAUUGCGGCGUUAUUGAGUGAAGUUGUCGAUGAGCCGAGACAAGCAAAGUUUCAGUCAGACGACUUGAAGAGUCCUACUUUCAAUACGGGAGACUUAAGCGCUGCAUCAAAUUCAUUACAACUGUCGUUGAGCGGCGCAGAGAGUAGUGGCUACGAAAGUUACGCACCGUGCAAAAGUUCCAACGAAUCAACUCCUCUGAACGAAGAUUAUGACGAGUGUACCGAGCCAACGACUAGCACUGAUCGCCUCUUCCCUAACUCACAAUCCAUGAGUGAAUCUUUGCACCUAUCACCUAAAAAUAAAUUAACGAACAAAGUACAAUCGAAAAAGCGGAACGGUAUGCCUAAGAAUGACCAUGUAGUCCACCUCAAUUGGAAAGAACGACAACAAAUUGCUGCCGAAGUUGAUACAAGACCACCUAGUGUUGGCAUUUUCUUAGACAUUCUACUCAAGAAAUUAGAAUAUAUGACCGAGAAUAGCGUCUACGUUAACUUACAUUUAACUGGUCUCAUAAGCCGUCUUGCCAUUUAUCCUCAGCCUCUCUUGCAGUCGUUUUUAUUGAAUCAUUCGUUGGUUUUUCAGCCUAGUAUUAAAUCACUAUUUCAGGUUUUGGCAUCGUUAAAACACAAGAUCGACGGUUAUCUUUCAAAACAGCAACCAGAUGUUGUGAGCGUUUUGACUGAACAUGCUAAAAUAUUUUUGAUCAACCGAGAGAAUAGAUUAGUUAAUGCACGGAAAAAUAUACUGGAAGCUGCUGCACAAGUACCUAGUCCAAAGAAACAGUACGGCGCAGGGGAUCAUGAGUCAUUAGCCGUUGUACCAGUAAGAGAGCCAAAAAGAAGAAGUUUAACGUCUUCGUUAACACAAAUGUUUAAAAAGUCUACCAAUAGUUUGGAGAUGCACAAUGUACCGACAGAAUCAACCGACAGUAAUGAUUCAUUCUCGUUAAUUUCUGAAGAAGGAAGUAAAGAAAAAGAUGGAAAUUUAAAAGCAAGACUUUCCAAUUGGAACUCGUGGGAAUCACCAAACGUGAUAAAUCGAUUGCAAAAUGUCGUUCUCUGCGCAGUUAUACUUGGUGAGUGGCUGAAAGAACUUGCUGCGAUAACCCAAGAACAUACGAUUGUUAGUUGGUUCAAUGCCGCUGCUGCCAUUGAUCACUUUGAGUUAACAUCUUGAUUAUUGUAAUUUAAAAAUCCAAUGAUGUAAGAAUUGUUAUUAAUUAGGCUCAACUGUAAUAUUUUUCUUAAGAUGCACAAUCUUAAUAGAGGACAUCGAAACAGACAAGUAUAUAUCGUAGAGACGAUUGUUUUUUUGAAACUAGGGCUAGGUACAAACGUUAAUUCAUUCGAUUAGUUUAUUCCUGUUAUAUACUUGAUAAAAGUAAAAAUAAGAUAAUAGUGCCAAUACGAGUACAACUAUACUCAACAAUACUGCUUGGAAUUUUAAGACAUCAAAUUAUUUCAAAAUCAUGAAUUACUACAGUAAACCAAUUUGAUACGAAUUUGCAAUAUAAAAUAAGAUACAUUUAUUAAAAACAAAGACUUCGUAAUUAAAAUUGUUAAAAAAAAAUCAUUUUGCAUAUUUAUACAUGGUAUCAAAAUAUGAUGUAGAUUAACCAUAUGUUAUGGAUUAUACAACAAAUGGUUUAAUAAGAAUUCUCUACGUUAAUCUUUAGCACCUGUUGAAAUGGUGUUCAAUUUUCAUUGACUUAAGAUAAUUUUCAACCAAUAUCCGGGUCGAUGGUGUUUUGAGAUAAUUUUAAAAUUCACCCAGGUUAUCUUGCCAAAAAAUCUGACGAAGAUAUUCGAUGGAAAAAAUAUGGUUCAAGCAUCUUCGUAUUGUUAUAGUUUUUUUCUAACUAUUGUAUAACUUUUAUAAAAAAUAAAUCGAUUAUUAAGAUCAGUAUUUCUCGUAAGACAACUAAUAAAUUAAUAAACAAUCAAAACCAGUGUACCGAGUCUAUGGCUAGUAUUGAUUGCCUUCUUAGGUGGUAAAACAAUAGUGAUUGUAAUGUUAUUCAGAUUGUUAUUUCACGUUUGGUGUGGAUUAAAAAAAUAAUUAAUGCAUAAUUGAUUAUUAACAAAACAUUUGAAUUUUGUACAUAAGCAAGUAUAUUAAUAAAAUUGA